UCUUUUCCUUUAAAUGUUUCCGCGAAACAGCAACGUGCUUACUUUAACGGGUUUGGCAUCACGACAGCGGCCGCCUUCUCUUUCAUACGAUUGGCCGAGCCGUGGGAAUAUUCAAAUACAGCCUUGAUUGAUUGGCCCAGAGCCGGCUUCAACAGUGCAGGGGACUCAUUUCCAUUCCGACAUCACUCUCUGUGGCACACACAGCUUGCUCGCCUGCCGAGAUGAGAUAGAGGCAGCUGCAAGGAAAAACCCAAUCGAUGAAAUCAUCUUCUACGCGACUGUUGAAUAUGUGGAGGAAGUACAAUUAAUGGAGCCAGCUUCCUCCAUGGAUAUAUCUCCGGAGGUUUCGCGAAAUCAGUGGCGAGAUUGCUUUUGCAGAGGAAAUACGCCUUCCGAGCAGGAGAACAACCAAUCAGCCGUGGCGAACCAAAGAUAAACAAGCCUUAUGAUCAGACAAAACUCUCAGGUUUACCCAGGCUGUGUGCAGCCAUAGAGAACUAUCAUGCUGGCCUGUAUCCAGAGACGGCAGGACCUCUUGUCGCAGAGUCUGGCCUGCACACCCAAAAGCCUUGAUGUUCCACCACCGCCAUUACUGCUGUCAGUACCGCCACUGCAGCCGUGCAGCCACAAAGGGGAGCCAGCCUCCAUGAGUUCCCGGUACCCUUCUCCUGCAGAGUUGGAUGCAUUCGCCCAGAGGAACGCCAACAGCCCACUGUCUAUCAAAAUCUUCCCGUCUGACGUCCGGGUGCCACAACAUAAACAGCUGAACAAAACCGUCAACGGCUUAGACACUACAGGCCAACACUGUAGCCCCCAUUCACACCAGUACCAUCAGGGUUUGCUAGCCGUCAUCAAAGCCUCUGUCGUAGUCAAAGGUGUGGUGAAAAACCCUGAGGGCAGGAGGACUAGACAUGUAAACACCCAGACUUCUGUGGCACCGUAUAAUAAUCCUCUGAAUGAUGGCUACACAGUCAGGCACGGGCAUAAGGCCUAUCAUAUAAGCUCGUGUAAGCCCCAUGAUGUUCCCAUUGACACGCUGUGUUCUAACGCAGGGAUGGCCUCCGGAGAUCAGAGCCUGGCCCCCCAGUCUGAGCUGGCAGAGGUUCAAAGCCUGAUGAGGCAGAUGAGCAGAGUCCCCCACAGCCAGGCCCUGCAGCUGGGGGGAGAGGCUCGAGCCAGCCCCUCUCUGCAGGCUGUGGCUGCUGUGGCACAUUCAGACUCAGACUUUGUCCUAGGCUUGCCGCCCCAGAGCAGUCUCGCAUUCACGGGGGCAGUGCUACCUACACAGAGUGCUGACAUAGCCAAAGCGGGAUACUUGGAGAAAGGAGACUACUCGGUGUGGCAGAAUAAACAUCAAAUUCAGCAGCAGCAGCCGCCCUAUCACCAGGGAGCAGUGAGGAUGUACAGCGUGAGUAACAAUGCUCAGAGGCACAGAGCCGCAGAGGCUGGGGUUGGCCAGUCUCCUGAAACCUGCCUCCCUUUGCCGUGCUCCUCACAGCUGUCGUACAGGCCUCAUCCUGCCAGUGUGGGCGCUGGGCAGGAGCGAGUCAGCAGCUCCCCUCUCAACUGCGCCGCCAUGCAGGGGGAGUUCUCUGUCGGACAGUACUACGCGCCUCUCUGGGACAGCGACUGUUAUGCUUCUCAGGUGCUGGCGACGGGUACAUGCGCAGGCAAACCUAGAGACCUGGGGCUCUCCCAUCCCUAUCUCCACCCAAACCACCGUCUACACCACCACCAACAGAGACACCAGCCGCAGCUCCACCCCCCACUUCCUCCUCAUACCCAGUCCUACAGCACAGACCAAAACCUCUGUUGUGGGCUGCCUAGUUCUAGCCUGUGCCACGCUGCAGUACUUAGCAGUAGCCUGCAGUCUCUGGAGUGCCUCAUCAGCGAGAUCCAUCCUCCCUGCAUCAAAGAGAGCAUGCUGGGCCGGGGUUACGAAGCCAUGGGGAUGCCUCCGCCACUGGAGCACCACCAGCAAAGCCACAUCCAGCUCCCUGUCUAUAGAUAAGACACGCUGUGCUGCCACACAACGGGACGCUGAAGCUUUUUAUAGACGAUGGAAGUGUAGAUGUCUAUGAGAGUGAGACGGGGCGUUUUAGUUUGUGCAUGUGCUGUAUUUGUAGAAGGCUUUGUGUCACGAGCCGGAAAAAGGUAAACGAUAAUCACGACUUAAGAUACAGGUUUAUCUUGUGGACUUUCCAUGUUCUAUUUUUGUAUCUUAAAUGGCCAUCAAAUAUGAAUACUGAAGCUGAGCACCCAAUCAGAAUUUCCCAUCAUUUUAACAUGAAGUGUAUAUUUUGCAGGUGAUUUCCCCCCCCCCCCCCCCCCCCCCCCCCCUCCCCCCGAACUGAAAUUUAAUCAUUUGGUACCCUUCUUAAAACAUGUACUUGAAUCUGGAAAGGAUCGCUGGUAACCGUUUUUGUGAAUAUAUUUUUGACUUAAUGACUUCUUAUUUGAACAUUCCUUCAUUAUUAACUGAACUUUUGUCGGCUUGUGAUUUUCUUUUCGUCCACUUUUCAGUGACCCCCCACACAGACGCAGUGCCCUGGCUUCUGCAAUAUGAUGCACAUUUGCAUCAUUAGUAUAAAAAAAUGUGAACAUAUUUUGUUAUACGCAGCCAUAGACAAAGUUAUGUAAUUUAACAUCUUGAUUGAUUCAAUGUAUUCAUGCUCAGCACAAUGUAUUCGGACUGUAUCCAAAUCAACACUGUGGCAAUUCAGGCCGAGCAAGAUGAGCUCUUCGGUUUGUAUUUCUUUUGGCAUUUCUAUUUUAUUUUAAGAGGUUGUUUGGAACAUUUUUCUUGAAUGAAAUAAUCUCUGGUGGGUUGUGACAACGUUGGACAACAUCUGGGUAAAUAUGAGUGCCAUGUUAGAGAGUAGGCGACCUGAAUAACUUACAAUAUCUUCUUUUGUAGGGCUAUAAUAUCUCUGAUGGUGUAAGAUGUAUGACUGAGUAGCUCUUUGUGUGUCUGCACUGGUUCUGUAAUGCUAUUUAUUUAUGUCAGCCUGUUGAGUUGUCUCUAUAAUUAUAAAGUGCAAUUAUUAUAUAUGAACAUGUGAGUGCUCUCCAUGAAGUAUGUUGUUGGAAUAACUACAUUUUGCAAUGUAUGACCCUAAUCCCUCAACCCUUUUUUUAGCCUCUUCUUAAUAAGGAUUGUCAAGUAAAUUACAUUUUCUAAACCCAGCACACAGUUUGUGUUAUUACGUAUUAUAACAUUAUCUGCCAGACAUGCAGCUGUGAAUGACAUAUUAUUAUUAUAUUCAUGUAUGAUAAACGAGCUGUGGAAAGACGA